CAACAUUUGCAAGGCCGCAUUUGAAACAGUCAGCCGUUUAACAUUGCCGGCCCACAAUCGGGCCUCACUUAUUGACGUCAGAUAUGCUCGUCUACCUUCAGAAACACCACCUUUAGAUGACUAUGAUCCUGCAGAGCACAGAGAACCUGUACAGCCUAUCAAGCUUUGGAUGGCCAAUUUUAAUCUACUACGAACAAUUUUUGGGGCAGGAACUUUAGGCCUUCCGUUAGCAGUGAGUCAAGCUGGUAUCAUACUCGGCCCUAUAAUGACCAUUUCUUUAGGCCUGCUUAUUAUGCACAUGCAUCAUACAUUGUUAUGGUGUUUGCACGAAAUAAGCCGGCAACUCAAAAUUCCACACAUACCCUACCGCUACGGGUUUAGGUUAGCUCUUUUACAUGGACCAGAUGUUCUUCAUAGACUGGAAAGUUCUGCCCCAACCAUAGUGGCCACCUUCAUGAUCCUGAGCCAGCUCGGCAUUUGCACUGUGUUCGUUAUAUUUACUACGGACAGCUUGAGAGAUAUAAUGGACUGGCAAACAUCAAAACCGGCGAUUGCUGCGUUACUGCUUCCGUACCUUUUUCUUGAGUAUUUUAUGAAGUCGCUAAAAAUUGUCAGUUACAUAUCAAUGUUUGGUAAUUUUUUGAACCUAAUCGGCUUGACGUUGGUAACAUACCAUGAGUUCCUUGGGCCUCAUGGUAAAGAGAUGGUAUACGCCACUACAGACUCCAUCGCGCUCUACUUUGUUAUCGGAACUUGCUUGUUCAACCUCAGUUCUCUUGCCGUGGUUCUCUCUCUAGACAGAGCAUUGAAGCACCCUAGAGUGUUGACAAAACGCUAUGGUGUGCUAAACUUCUGCAUGCUCACAACGACAAUUUUUCUCACUUUAUUUGGUAUGCUGGGCUAUUGGUCUUUUGGGCCUAUGGAGGAAAAUGUUUUGAGAUCACUCCCUUUUGAUGACGACUCAGCGAUGUUAGCAAUAGGCUUAUAUUUGGUGGCAGUUGCAUUCGCUUACCCUAUCCAGUGCUACCCAGCCAUUCAGAUCAUAUUGGAUAUAGUGAGAAACAGGACGGAGACUCUGUCGCCUAAAAUUUUGGAAAUAAUUGAACAUAUAGUGAGGCCUAUCUUCGUUUUAACUUCUUUUUUCAUAUGUUACAUGGUGCCAAUCCAAGGAGCAUUUGUUGCAUUCGUCGGAAACUUGUGUACGACAUUGAUUGCCCUAGUCUUUCCUGCUCUCAUGGAACUAUGCCUAUUAUAUCCUAAUAAUUACGGCAAAUAUCGAUUUUAUUUGAUAAAAGACUUAAUCAUUCUUGUGUUUGGGCUUUCCUGUGCGAUUCUUGGCGUUGCACUUUGUGGGUAUCUUAUUUAUGUUAGAGUUCUAUGCCUGCACUCGCCGAAUGAUGAUUCGAUAUGAUUGUAUGGUAUCAGGUAUGUCUUUGCUCACCUUAGGUACAAUGGUUGUGCCCAAAACUUGUUACUACUAAAAAAGUUGAAAAUUGCUAAGUACGAGUAACUAUAUGUGAGGGUACUGAGUAAUUAAGAUAGAACGAAUCUUGUACGUUUCGGAGGUAGGUAUUGUAAUCUGAAACUGUAACAACUUUUUGACCAUGAAUGGUCAUGCUCUUUACUUUUAAUAUAUACCAAAAAACUAAUAUUUAUAAGGAUUUAUAAGAUUCUAGAA